CAAUCGCUGAGCGGAUUAGCUCCUCCACCACUCCAACGUGUGUUGUGAUUUCGAGGUAGAUGAGGUCUCAAAAUUUCUGGGAAAGGACUUCAGUAGAUGGUCUUUGUUCUCUGAUGCUGAGGCGAAGCAUCCUCCUGCAGCUCUGAGUUCUCCAGGACAGCACUGAGACAAACGAUGGAGGAAAGUCAGGAUUUUUCUCUCUGUGGGAAAGCAGUUGUAACUGAAGCUAAUCUGAGAGAUGAAUACUAUUGGAAGCUGGUUGCAGAUUUCAUCGGCCCUCAGACCGGAGAGGGAUUAGAGCUGGAUCAGACCUCCUCUAAGAACAGACUUAUGAUCCAAGUGGGACUUUUGAGAGAGGACAAUAAUUUUCCUUGGAUUGCUAUCAUAGAAUGGCUCAAGAAAAUCUUCCCCAGUCAUCAGUCUGCUGACUUCCGCAGCUUGAUCGAGCGAGGUACAGCAACCACAUUAAGUUUGGGAAGUGAUGCCAGGCUGACCUUCCUGGAAUCAGAGGUCAACUUCGACUUUGUCGGACCGAUAUGCGACAGCAUUGGAGUCGAGCGGCCGCAUCUUUUGGAGCUGCGGGAUUUUUCAGAGCGGGCGCAGUCGAUCGAAGUCACAAAUGGGUUGAUUCUCGAACUGAGCAACUUUGUAGCCAGAGAGAAGAUUUCUCCAAUCGUCAUCGUUGCCUGGUUGAAAAACUUCAACCCAGAGUUUUGUAAGAAGGGGGACAUUCAGAGGGCAUACAGAGACGUCAAGGGAAAGAUCAAGAAGCUGAAGAUGUACUGUCGUAACUAUGGAACAAGAAGUCACAGAAGGAACGUGGCGAUGGAAAAUCUGCUUCAAACUCCGUUCGAGCUCGUUAGCAAGAAAACGCCAAAAUUCAUCGCGAAGAAACGGAUGAGACGAGACGACAGCUGCCAUAUUGAGAAAGUCACGAUCAAAGAGGAGUAUGAGAACUUGGAAAUCAGUGGAGAUGUUAGAAACGCAACCCAGGGGGAUGGCGACGUUGCUCUGGACAGGAGCGACCAGGAUAUGGAAUUUUCCAGCAGUGAAGAAGAAGAAGAAAGUUUAGCUAGCAAAGCAGAAGCUCUGACCCUGCUGGACAUCGCCAUGCUGUCCAUCCAGAAGCUGUCCAGUGUGUAUGGAGGGAAAACUGCAGCUUGCAAGCAGAUUUCCUUGGAUCUGCUAAAGAAUCACUACACCCUAACAUGCAAGGAGCAUCCAGCCAUGGUGGAGUUUGAGAAGAAACUCAACGAGCUGAAGGACGACAUUUCCCUCGUGUCUCCUGUCGUGUUUUUAAACUACAACGCCAACUUCCUCGUGGACGUGCACGACGCGGUGGAGCAGCACAUCAUGAGCUUCGAGAAGGAGAUAAUCCUGUCGAGAGGAGAGAAACUUGGUCGCGACAAGCUUCCCAAGUUCAAGAACUUUGUGAACUUGCAGGAAAGCGCCACUUCGCGCUACAUCCACAUGGCCUGCGACAUCCUGAGUCCCCGCACCCCCGAUAAGCAGAACUACAGGAAACACUGGGUGGCUUUCUGCGAAGAGAAGAAGAACCCCUCCAAACUGGCGGUGAACCAGUCGAACCGCUUCAACAACUACUUUGAAGCUGCUGCGGGUCUCAUUCACCAUCACAAAGAGAUCGCACUCUUUUUUUCUGACUUGUUAUCCAUGACCAACGACGAAUAUCCAAACAUCAUCCUGGAGAGUGUCGCGGCGGACGCCAACGACUCCGUCAUCCAGAGCUUCGUGUGCGUCCUGGCCAUCGUUUACUGUAAAAUCCUCGGCCCUUACUGGCAGCUUCUGAAGAGCGGAGGCGAGUACUCGCUCUUCAGUCAGUACCUUCUCUACCUCUACCAGAAGUUCCUGGAUUGGUCAAAAGAUCCUUCCACUCUGCUGGAACCGGAGGAAUCCACAAAUGUUUUUCUGCAGUUCCCGCUGCAAGAGAAAACCUUCGAAGGAGUGUUUGAUUACUGUGGCCAGUGGCACACUAACAGAGACCUCAUCAGAGCGUGCCUGAAGAGGACCAUCAAGGUGAUAGCCGCUGUUACCGAGGAACACUUAAGAGAUUUCCUUCCAGGAGGAGUCUUUUCCAACAUCCCUCCGACAGAUGUGAGCUUGAAGUUGGUGAGCUGCACGUUCUCCGUCCUGAUGGCGGAAUACCCGUUCGGCCACGCGUAUCCGUACAAAAAGGAAAGACCUGACAAGCAUUCCAAGAGUUCCUCUAACAAGAACUUAUCUGAUAGUUCCCAGGAAGAAGAAGUCCAGUCUAGAUCGUCUGGUGACAGCUCGGAUGAAUCCUCAAUCUGGCAGGGUAGAAAGAAUUCCCACUCUGGCCAAAAUGAUGACAACAGUCCGCAGAAAAAAGGCAACAAAAAGGUCCAAGAAGACUUUGUGGAGAUCAUGGAUAAGGAUUACAUCGUCGCUAUGGUGACCAGGAACGAUGGGCCAUGCAAAUCACAGCAGGACGUCGACAAAAUGAUGCUGCGCUUCGAUGGACGAUCCCGAGCUGAGAAGCGCGAGGCGGUUCGCUGUGAGAUCAUGUACCAGAAGAUGGUUCUGAACAACACGGACCCACACCUGAACGCCGAUUUGCUCAACACCACACAGAUGGUGAUGAAGCUGAAGCUCGCACUUCCUCGUGUCAAACCUGGAUAUUCGCUUGUGUUGGAGCCUAAAAAGUCCAAAGUAAAAAAGGUGAUCCAGCCCCUUCCGGAAGCUGCUCCUGCUCAGAGUGAACACAGCGGCGUUUCGGAGAUCGGAGGCGGAAACUCGAUCGUGUGACUUCCGGGUUACAGACUCUGUGAUCUCAGCCGGUCCACAGAUCUGAUUUUCUCUGGACUGGAUGCAGUUGUCAUGUUCUAAAUGUUAAAAUCGCUGCUUUAGUUCGAAAGGUUCACUUCUCUGUACUGUAAUUAUGGUUAAAAGAUGUUUCACACAGUCAAAAUAAACACAAUGUUUGUUAAUA